UCGAUCUUUAUAUUUUAGGGUUUGCCUAGGGUUUUUCUUAUUCUUAAGAAAGAGGCGUGAAAUCUGAUAUCACUCUUUGAAACCUCUAUUCUCACCAGCACCACCUCAUCUUCAAGCAACAACAACAACCAUGGCGGUCGGUAAGAACAAGAGAAUCUCCAAAGGGAAGAAGGGAGGAAAGAAGAAGACUGUUGAUCCUUUUGCCAAGAAGGAUUGGUAUGAUAUCAAGGCUCCAUCUAUGUUCACUGUGAGAAAUGCUGGAAAGACUCUGGUUUCUAAGACUCAAGGAACCAAGAUUGCUUCUGAAGGGCUCAAGCACAGAGUGUUUGAGGUGUGUCUUGCUGAUCUACAGAACGAUGAGGAUCAGUCCUACAGAAAGAUGCGAUUGAGAGUGGAGGAUGUCCAAGGAAAGAAUGUUUUGACCAACUUUUGGGGAAUGGAUUUCACCACAGACAAAUUAAGGUCUCUUGUCCGUAAGUGGCAGACAUUGAUUGAGGCUCAUGUUGAUGUGAAGACAACAGACAACUUCACUCUGAGGAUGUUCUGUAUUGGCUUCACUCAGAGGCGUAAAAAUCAAGUCAAGAGGACCACAUAUGCACAAUCAAGCCAAAUCCGCCAGAUUCGACGUAAGAUGGUAGAGAUCAUGGUUAACCAAGCAUCGUCUUGUGAUUUGAAAGAGUUGGUUGCCAAACUCAUCCCUGAGUUGAUUGGAAAAGAGAUUGAGAAGGCAACUUCGGGCAUCUACCCCCUGCAAAAUGUUUUCAUUCGUAAAGUGAAGAUCUUGAAGGCUCCCAAGUUUGAUCUUGGAAAGCUAAUGGAGGUUCAUGGCGAUUAUGCAGAAGAUGUUGGUGUGAAGGUUGACAGACCCGCUGAGGAAACACCAGCAGAAGUUGAGACUGAAGUUGUUGGAGCUUAGAGCUCUGUUUCUGACAUGGCGAUUAUGCAGAAUGUGGGUGUGAAGGCCUGCUGGGAAACACCGCUGACAAGGCCUGCUGGGAUCUUAGGGUUUCGCUCUGUUUAGUUUUAUCUUCUCCACCUUUUUCUGCUUAAAUUUUUUUGUUUGCUUAAGUGCCUAUGUAAGUGUUUUUGUCCUUCACUUUGAGAAACUUAAUCUAGAUAAUGUAGUUUGGGGCAGCUAUUUGGUUUAAUAUCUAUAUAGAGACUAAUUAUUUUGAAAUUGAAAAACAGAACAUGAACCAUUACAUGUUUGAUUUGCC